UGUCGGCUCCGUGUUGUGAUGACAGGAGAAUGUGUGUGUGUCCCGGGCCCAGGCGAAUUGGAAUCCCUGUGAGAAGUUCCAGUCUGCCCCUGUACUCCGAUGCCAUGCCUGCGCCGACUCAGCUGCUUUUCCCCCUGAUCCGUAACUGUGAGUUCAGCCGUAUCUGUGGCAGCGCGUGCUAUUGCCAUCACGCGCACCUGUGCUGCUCCCCACCUCCCUUCCCCCACAGCCGCUUGCGCUACCCUCCCCAGAAGGCAUUCUCGACUUUUUGCCGGCCCAAGGAUCCCUUCUGGCAGUAUACCCACGCGAGGAGGUACACCGCCACUCCGCAGAAGUUUUAUCUCACUCCUCCACAAGUCAACAGCAUCCUGAAAGCCAAUGAGUACAGCUUUAAGGUCCCCGAGUUCGACGGCAAGAACAUCAGCUCCAUCCUGGGAUUUGACAGCAAUCAGCUGCCUGCCAAUGCCCCCAUCGAGGACCGAAGGAGCGCGGCCACGUGCUUGCAGACGCGGGGGAUGCUCUUGGGGGUGUUUGAUGGCCACGCAGGGUGCGCCUGCUCGCAGGCGGUCAGCGAGAGGCUUUUCUACUACAUUGCCGUCUCUCUGUUGCCCCACGAGACUUUGUUAGAGAUAGAAAAUGCUGUGGAGAACGGCCGAACCCUUCUGCCCAUCCUGCAAUGGCACAAGCAUCCCAAUGACUACUUCAGCAAAGAGGCCUCCAAGCUUUAUUUCAACAGCUUGAGGACUUACUGGCAGGAACUCAUAGACCUGAACACUGGGGAAACCACCGACGUCAAGGAGGCCCUGAUUAAUGCCUUCAAGAGGCUGGACAAUGACAUCUCCCUGGAAGCCCAAGUCGGGGAUCCCAACUCUUUCCUCAACUACCUGGUGCUGCGAGUGGCCUUCUCAGGGGCCACCGCCUGCGUCGCCCACGUGGAUGGGGUUGACCUCCACGUGGCCAACACCGGGGACAGCCGGGCCAUGCUGGGGGUACAGGAGGAGGACGGAUCGUGGUCGGCAGUCACGCUCUCCAAUGACCACAACGCACAGAACGAAAGCGAAGUGGAAAGACUGAAACUAGAGCACCCCAAGGCUGAGGCCAAAAGCGUCGUGAAGCAGGACCGGUUACUUGGUCUGCUGAUGCCCUUCCGGGCCUUUGGAGACGUCAAGUUCAAGUGGAGCAUCGACCUCCAGAAGAGGGUCAUAGAAUCGGGCCCAGAUCAGUUAAAUAAUAACGAGUACACCAAGUUUAUCCCCCCCAAUUAUCACACCCCUCCGUAUCUCACUGCCGAGCCAGAAGUGACGUACCACAGGCUAAGGCCGCAGGAUAAGUUUUUGGUGCUGGCGACCGACGGUCUGUGGGAGACCAUGCACAGGCAGGACGUGGUGAAACUAGUGGGCGAGUACCUCACUGGGGUUCAUCAUCAAAGCCCCAUCUCCGUUGGGGGUUACAAGGUGACUCUGGGACAGAUGCAUGGUCUCCUAGCGGAAAGGAGAGCCAAGAUCUCUUCUGCAUUUGAAGAUCAAAACGCAGCCACCCAUCUCAUCCGUCAUGCUGUUGGCAAUAAUGAAUUCGGGGCUGUCGAUCACGAACGCCUCUCCAAAAUGCUUAGUCUUCCUGAGGAGCUUGCUCGCAUGUAUAGGGAUGACAUCACGAUUAUUGUCGUCCAUUUUAAUUCUCAUGUGGUAGGAGCAUAUCAAAACCAGGGACAGUGAGUGACUGAUAAUUAAGGCAGCUAGAGAAUGAAAAUAGCAAGUUCAAA